AUGAAGUCCUCGUUCCUCUCUCUUCUGGCCCUCUCAGUCACUGGUGCAUACGCCCAAGGCCGUGCCCGUGGCAACAACACGGCGCCGGCCCGUCCUUCUACAAACGCCACCGGAUUUGACUACAUUGUGGCUGGAGGUGGUGCUGCGGGGAUAGUUGUGGCACAGCGCCUGGUGGAGAGCGGAAAGUCAGUCAUCCUCCUCGAGCGAGGCGGCGCAUCGACCCACAGCACGGGUGGCAAUGCCUCGGUCCCAUGGAACAGCACCGUCACACCAUACGACGUGCCAGCCUUGUUUCUGGCCGCACCGGGCAGCUCGUACUGCACCGACACCGCCGGCAGCGCUGGGUGCGUGCUGGGCGGCGGCACCGUCAUCAACGCCAUGAUGUACGUCCACCCGCAGUCGGCCGACUUCAACGACAAGUUCCCAAAGGGCUGGAAGUGGGACGACGUCAAGGACGCCGCGGCGCGUCUGUAUGAGCGCAUCCCCGGCACCACAACUCCCUCUGCGGACGGCAAGCGCUACGAUCAGGGUGGCUACGACGUGUUGUCUAAGUUUCUUUCGACCGCGGGAUUCAGGAGCGUCGAUACCGUUGCGAACCCCGACGAAAAGAAAGACGUCUUUACGCAGCCUCCAUGGAUGAUUAACAAGGGUAUCCGGUCCGGUCCUGUCCAGGGCUACCUUUCCUUGACCGCUGGCAAGAAGAACUUCAGGCUGCAGACCAACUGCAAGGUUCUUCGGGCCGUUCGCACCGACUCGACCGUGACAGGCGUCGAGGUAGAAAUGGCCGAUGGAAAGCGCGAGGUCAUUUCUCUGUCGGACCCCAAGACAGGCAAGGUCAUCCUUGCCGCGGGCGCCAUGUCCACCCCCAAGAUCCUCUACGCCAGCGGCAUCGGCCAGCCGCAGCAGAUCGUCAGCGCAGCCAAGGCCAACGGCGUGCAGCUUCCUGACAGAAAAGCCCUCAUCAGCUCGCCCGUCGGCCAGGGCGUCAUGGACCACCCGGUGUUUUCGCUCGACCUCAAGAUGAAGAACUCGUCCUCGAGCGCCAAUCUCGAGUCCAUCGACGGCGCCGCGCUGCUCAAGAGCCCGCCCAAGGAGGACAUUGAUCUCUUCGCCAAGGGGUCGGGUCUGCUGGCGCAGUCGACGCAGCGACUCAACUUUUGGUCCGAGGUCGGCGGCGACGCGGCGGGAGACGGCCAGCGGCGCUUCUUCCAGGGGACCUGCAGCGUCGGCGCAAACGACACGCUCAAGAUCAAGGUGUACAUGACGCACGGGCUUACCUCGACGGGCGAGCUGACCAUCAACGCGACGUCGGGCGCAACCGCCUGGGCCAAGAAGCCGUGGAUGAACAGCGACGGCGACAAGAAGGCCGCAGCCGCCUUCUUGGACCGCAUCAUCGCCAUGGUCAAGGCCCCCGAGAGCAACCUUGCGCUGGUCAAGCCCAACGUCACGGGGGCGGAGCUGGCCCAGAGUUUCGUGUCCGGGUCGCACUACGUCGGGUCCGCGCGCAUGGGCGAGGACAGCAAGACGGCCGUGGUGGACACCAACACAAAGGUGUACGGGACGGACAACCUCCACGUCGUGGACGCAUCGAUUCACCCAGACGUGCCGACGGGCAACACCCAGGUCGCUGUCAUGAUUGUCGCCGAGGGAGCUGCCGAGAAGAUCAUGAAGAUGAACGGGCCGAAGAAAGCCAAAAUGCCUCAGCAAGAGGAUGCUUUAGGCAUAUAGGCUAGGAUGGAAGGCUGUAUCAUGCAGUUUUGUUAUUUAUGUUUUUUUUUCUUGUCUCUUUUCAGUAUAUACCCAGGGAUGUUUUAUGGAAA